AAACAAAUACUUACAGGCAAUAAUAAUGUGGGGAGCCUUGAGGCCCAGAAAGGGGGAGUAAGGGUUGCUUGGAGCUGUGCAGCAGCAGACCAGAAUACUCCAUCAAGUGUCACUUGUCGCUACUGCAAGCAGUGGAGAUUGCGGUUAGGAACGGAGUCGCUGGGAAGUCGUGGACAAUUGGUCAAACAGCUGAGUGACACUUUGAAGGCCAGGAAUGUGAAUCUUCGGAUCCGCUCUUGGCAGGAACUUGGAAGACAGGAGGUUGCUUCCGAUCUAAAAGAGCCUCCUCCCUGCCCCCACUUUUUCCUUUCCAGUCUUACUUAGGCCCCCUUCCUUUUCAUCUUCUACAUAUUAUAUCUUCUUCCCUUUCUCAAUCUCUUCACUGCUCAUUUUAUUUCCAAUUUUUUUUUAGUUUCUAUAUUUCCAAUUUCCAUAUUUAUAAUAGCUACCUAAUAGUACCUAACUGUACAUAAAGUGAACAAAACAAAAAACUGGCUUUUGGUCAAAGAUUAUUGCAGGUUACACAGGGUAAAAAUAUAACAUGAUUUUUUAAAAUCACAAUUAGAAAGAUUUUAAAAAACGAGAUUACAAUGAGUUUGAGUGUAACAAAAGCUUUUGUUUCAUAAAAAGAAUCAUGAAUUCGCUAUGAUGAACUACAAACAUGCAAUUCUAAAGACAAAUAGAGACACAGAAGUCUAAUUAAAAUGCUACAGUAAUGGGAAGGAAAUGUGUAUACGUUUUUGUCCCCGUAAGGUUCCAGGUUUAUAGUUCAAGCAUCAUCACAGCUUAACAUUUACUCUAUGAAGAUUAUUAGCUGUUCUAAUAUAUUACAUGACUCCAGAGCCACGCAGCCUAGUUUGAAAUCCUAACUUCAUCACUGACUAGCAUAUGACCCUAGGCAAGUUCAUUAACCUCCUAUAUGAAAGGAUAAAAAUAGUACCUGUUGUGAGGAUUAAAAGAGAUGAUCCCACAUAAGACACUUAGCACAGUGCCUGGCACAUAGUAAGUGCUUGAUAAAUUGAACUGUGAUGAAUCUAGUGACACCCUUGGCAGAAUUAAGUUAAUAAACAUUAAAUGUAGCCUUUAUGACAUUAGCACUUAUGUUUUAUUUUAAAACUAGCAAGAUAAUUUCCACAAGAACUUUGCUAGU